AAACCUUGUCCUAAUUUCGUAAAAGUAUCAAGUUUGUUAUUUUUUGUUGUAUCGAGGUUUUAUUUUAAAGUGUACAAAUUAUUUUUACGGUUAUUUUAUUAUAUACGUAUAAAUAUAUAUUAAAACUUCCACAUAAAUAUCAGUUACGAAAAUGCUACGAGUAACAAAUUAUAUUGGGCUAAAAUCACAAAAUUUCAUCAAAAUUAUUAAUUCGAAUAUUAGGUAUAUAAAUUCUACUAUUACACAAGCUGCUGUAAAAAGAACAGAAGAAAAAACAGAAAAAGGUGCAGCUACAAAGUCUCAAUCUUUUGUCAGGAAUAUUUUCAUUGGUCAGUUAGAAACUAGCCAAAUAUUUCCAUUUCCAGAAGUAUUAAAUGAUGAGCAAAUUGACACAUUAAAAUUAUUAAUUGAUCCUAUAGAAAAAUUUUAUGAGAAAAUAAAUGAUCCAAUGAAAAAUGAUGACAAUGCAUCUAUAGAUCAGAAAACAUUGCAAGCCAUGUGGGAACUUGGAGUAUUUUGUCUUCAAGUUCCUCAGAAAUAUGGUGGAUUAGGAUUAAAUAAUAGUCAAUAUAGCAGGUGUGUUGAAAUAUGUGGAUAUCAUGAUUUAGGUAUUGGUAUUACUUUAGGUGCACAUCAAAGUAUUGGAUUUAAGGGAAUACUUUUAUAUGGUACACCAGAACAAAAAGAAAAAUAUCUUCCAAGAGUUUGCAAUGGAGAAUAUGCAGCAUUUUGUCUCACAGAACCAAGCAGUGGUUCAGAUGCUGGUUCAAUUCGCUCUCGUGCAGUAAAAUCAGCAGAUGGUUCACAUUAUGUAUUAAAUGGCAAUAAAAUUUGGAUAUCAAAUGGUGGUUUAGCAGAAAUUAUGACAGUUUUUGCACAAGUUCCUGUGAAAGAUUCAGAAACUGGUGAAACUAAAGAUAAAGUUACUGCAUUUAUUGUUGAAAGAUCGUUUGGUGGUGUAACAAAUGGACCACCAGAGAAAAAAAUGGGUAUUAAAUGCAGCAAUACAGCUGAAGUUUAUUUUGAAAAUGUCAAAAUACCUGCAGAAAAUGUUAUAAAGGGUGAAGGACAAGGUUUUUCGGUUGCAAUGAAUGUCUUAAAUAAUGGUCGAUUUGGUAUGGCUGCUGCUCUUUCUGGAACUAUGCGUUAUUGUAUUAGGAAAGCAGUUGAACAUGCAACACAAAGAGUACAAUUUGGACACACAAUAGAUUAUUAUGGAAGUACCCAAGAAAAGUUAGGUCGCAUGGCGAUGUUGCAAUAUGUAACUGAAAGUCUUGCAUAUUCAAUUGCAGCUAAUAUGGAUAAUGGAAGUCAGGAUUAUUAUUUAGAAGCAGCAAUUUCUAAAUGCUUUGCAUCAGAAGCUGCAUGGUGGGUUUGUGAUGAAGCUAUUCAAAUAUUGGGUGGAAUGGGAUACAUGAAAGAUACUGGACUCGAACGAGUUAUGCGAGAUUUGCGUAUUUUCAGAAUUUUUGAAGGAACUAACGAUGUUCUUCGUAUUUUUGUUGUUCUUUCUGGACUUCAACACAUGGGAAUCCAUUUGCGACAAAUAAUGUCAGCAUUUAAAAUUCCUACCAUCAAUUUAGGACUGAUCUUUGAAGAAUUAAGCAAAAGAGCAAUGCGAACAAUUGGAUUAGCAUCAACACGUAAUCUUACACAAUUAGUUCAUCCUAAUUUACAUAAAAGUGCUACAUUAUGUGCCAAGAGUAUAGAAGCAUUUGGUCAAAGUAUAGAAGGUGCUGUUCUUAAAUAUGGUCCAAAUGCUAUUGUGGAACAACAAUUUAUUCUUAAUAGAUUAGCUCAAGCAGCAUUUGAUAUCUACACUAUGGCUACUGUAUUAAGUAGAGCAACUUUAGCUGCAAAUAAAAACCUUCCGAGUAUGGAGCACGAACUUCUUAUGAGUGAAACAUGGUGCUUAGAAGCAAGCAGACGUGUGAAUUCUAAUCUAAAAUUUGAUAAACAAUUAAAUGUGUUUAAUAACUUAAGCAGAAUUUCAAAGAAUAUGUGCGAUAUUGGUGGAUGUGUUCAAUUAAAUCCAUUAGGUCUUUAAUGAUAAAAUCAAUCAUUAAAUAUGUUAAAUCAAGGACCAUACAUGGAUAUUAAAUGAUCGUAAGCCUUUUACUUAAAAUAAUAUAGUAGUGUAACAAGUACCACAACAAUUAUUAAUACCA